AUGGGUGCAUGCAUAUCAUCAUUAGGUCAUGAUCAAUAUCCUUUCAACAAGUUCGAUGAAGUUUUCAAUUUGCGGCACAAGAGGUACUUCGACUUUUCUUCUUAUGAAAUUCAUAAUCAACUGGAAAAUAUUAAUAGCAACAAGAAGAUACUCAAAUAUAGUCAUGAUGCUGAUCUGUACUUCAGUUUUCCAAUCGACACAACAUUAGGUCAUAUUGAUCAAUAUUCAAUCAAGAAGGUAGAUGAACUUCUCGAGAUCAACGAGAGACUCGAAUUUAGUAGUAACAAAUUACCAUGCCUAAAAAUGGUGGUUGCAUCUUUAUACUUACCCAAAGAAAAUCCAAAGAAACCACUAGGUGAAGAUGCACACUUUAUCUAUGAAUUAUAUCAAACUAUUGGCAUUUCUGAUGGCGUUGGUGGCUGGGCUAAAAAGGGAAUUGAUGCUGGAAUUUACGCGAGAGAGCUUAUGAAAAAUUCACUUAUCGCUACAAAUAAUGAACCAAAGGGUCACGUGAACCCUAAAAGGGUUCUUCAAGAAGCUUACAGAAAUACAAACUCUGAAGGAUCGUCUACAGCUUGUAUUAUAACCUUAAACCCCGAGAAUAAUACUAUAUGUGCUGCUAACGUUGGUGACAGUGGAUUUUUCCUAAUUCGGAAGGGGAGAAUUAUAUAUGAAUCACCAAUACAGGAACGGAGUUUUAAUUUUCCGUAUCAAUUGGGAAACUGCAGGGAUAAUCCUAGUGUUGCUCACGAGAUGGAAUUAAGAGUCGAAAAAGAUGAUAUUUUAAUCGUUGGAACGGAUGGGAUGCUUGAUAAUAUAAAUGAAAGUAAGAUUGAGGAAAUUGUUCAAAGAGGGAUCAAUGAGAAGUUGAAGGCAGAGGAGUUGGCUAGUCAAAUUGGGAAUGUUGCAUUGUAUAAUUCAUUUGAUAGGUUUGCAGAUACACCUUUUGCAAGAGCAGCUGAUAGGGAAUGGCUUAGUCAAAUACAUAAAGGAGGAAAAGUUGAUGAUAUUACUGUUAUUGUUGCUUAUAUCCAGUAA